AUGCAGCAGCCCGAGGGCGGCGGGGGCUGGUUGGGCGCGCUGCGCUUCGAUAACCUGGCUCUGCGUUCGCUGCCCGUGGACGCCUCGGAGGAGGGCGGCCCGCGGAUCGUGCCCGGCGCCUGCUUCGCUCGGGUGCGGCCCAGCCCGCUGCAGAACCCGCGGCUCGUGGCCAUGUCGCUGCCGGCGCUGGCGCUGCUGGGGCUGGAGGCGCCCGCGGCCGACCCGGCGGCGGCGGAGGCCGAGGCCGCGCUGUUCUUCAGCGGGAACCGGGUGCUGGCGGGCGCGGAGCCCGCGGCGCACUGCUACUGCGGCCACCAGUUCGGCAGCUUCGCGGGGCAGCUGGGCGACGGCGCCGCCAUGUACCUGGGCGAGGUGCUGGGCCCGCUGGGCGAGCGCUGGGAGAUCCAGCUCAAGGGCGCCGGCAUCACCCCCUUUUCCCGACAAGCUGAUGGCCGGAAAGUGCUGCGGUCGAGCAUUCGGGAGUUCCUGUGCAGCGAGGCCAUGUUUCACCUGGGAAUACCAACAACACGGGCUGGCACCUGCGUGACGUCCGACUCCAAAGUCGUUCGUGACAUAUUUUAUGAUGGGAAUCCAAAAAAUGAAAGGUGUACAGUUGUUCUGAGAAUAGCCUCUACAUUUAUAAGAUUUGGCUCUUUUGAAAUUUUUAAACCCCCUGAUGAAUACACUGGACGCAAGGGUCCCAGCGUUAACCGGAAUGAUAUUCGAAUACAGAUGCUUGAUUAUGUGAUCAGCACUUUCUACCCAGAAAUCCAGGAGGCUUAUUCAGACAACACUAUUCAGAGGAAUGCUGCUUUCUUCAGAGAGAUAACCAAACGGACAGCGAGAUUGGUUGCUGAAUGGCAGUGUGUGGGGUUUUGCCAUGGCGUGCUGAAUACAGAUAACAUGAGCAUUGUUGGACUGACCAUUGACUAUGGCCCUUUUGGGUUUAUGGACAGGUAUGACCCUGAGCACAUUUGCAAUGGUUCUGAUAAUACAGGGCGCUAUGCUUACAACAAACAGCCAGAGAUUUGCAAGUGGAACCUGGGGAAACUUGCUGAAGCUUUAGUUCCAGAGCUGCCCUUGGAAAUAAGCCAACUGAUCCUGGAAGAGGAAUAUGAUGCAGAAUUUGAGAAACACUAUUUGCAGAAGAUGAGAAAAAAACUAGGCUUAAUCCAGCUGGAACUAGAAGAAGAUAGUAAGCUGGUGUCUGAACUGCUUGAAACCAUGCAUCUCACAGCUGGAGACUUCACAAAUAUUUUUUACUUGCUGAGUUCAUUCUCAGUAGACAUUGAUCCUUCAAAAUUUGAAGAUUUCUUAGAAGAGCUUACAAGUCAGUGUGCUUCUGUGGAAGAACUGAAAAUUGUUUUUAAACCACAGAUGGAUCCACGACAACUGUCAAUGAUGCUGAUGUUAGCUCAGUCUAAUCCUCAGCUGUUUGCAUUAAUUGGAACAAAAGCUAGUAUAAAUAAAGAAUUGGAACGCAUUGAACAGCUCUCUAAACUGCAGCAGUUAACAGCAGAUGAUUUACGUAACAGAAAUAAAGGACACUGGAAGGAAUGGCUGGAGAAAUACAGAGUCCGUUUGCAAAAAGAAACAGAAAGCACUGGUAAUGCUGAUGCCUGGAACACUGAGCGUGUGAAGGUCAUGAAUUCAAACAAUCCAAAAUAUAUCUUGAGAAAUUACAUUGCCCAGAAUGCAAUAGAAGCAGCUGAAAAUGGGGAUUUCUCAGAGGUAAGAAAUGUACUGAAACUUUUAGAACAUCCAUUCGAAGAAGCAGAAGGUUUGCAGGAGGUAAAGGAAGAUGCAGAAGAGGAGGGAGCAACUGCUACAGCAGCUGUUUGUUCUCAAGAGACCAGAAGCAGACAACCAUAUUGCAGCAAACCUCCGCUGUGGGCUUCGGAGCUCUGCGUUACGUGAUCUUCAUAACCGCCUUGUUUCGUUUUUUGCUGUGAACUGAAGACUCUGAUCCUCCUUCAGCAGUGAAGAAUUCAGCAAGGCAAACAUCAAAGUGCUAUUAAGUUAUUGAAACAGCACUACGUUUGGAUGCAUCUACAGCAGUCUUCAGCUGUGCUUAAUUUGAAGCAAUUGUGGAUCAUUGGAACAAACCAGUGACAAUCAACAGCCUAUACACAUCAGUAAUAUAAAUGUUUAAAGACCCAAAGUCUUUUCUUUAUCCUCACUAGUAAAGUAAAGUAAGUAAAAAGCAGUAUUUUAUUUUGAGGCAGGCUGAACUUGAAACAUCCAAAUGGAGUUGUUGUUAUGUGAAGACAAAAAUAGCAAGUCAGGAAUCUGAUCUGUUUUUGUCUGAUGUCUUAACUAAUAGUACUUCUUAAUAUUUGUUUACUGCUCUCUCUAUGCAGAAACUUAUAGUCCUCUUUAAUGGAGGAACAGAUUCAGUGUUGCUUGUUUGAACUAUGUUUCAUUUAAUUAAGUAGUUAAUUUCUUGUGAACCCUCAGAUUGGUAUUAAAUCAUUAUCUAUUUUCUGAGAGUGUGUACAGGCUAGAAUUUUUGGGGAGCAAUUGAAUUUUUUUAAGAGCAGAAUUAAGGGAGAUUACAUACAUUUGCACUUGAAAACUUGGUGAUGAAGUUUAUUCAGUUUCAACUGAAUAAACAACACCCAUAAAUAUUUGCUAAACUCAGGAGAGUAGUUUGUAACCCAAUUGCCUUGGGCAGGAUGCAUAAGCCAAAUUAGCGUGAGCCUUAAACUACCCCAGCACUCAAAUCCAGGUUUGUUGUGUAUUUAUUUCUGUGCUCCUAACAGAAUCUUACUGUUGCACAAGUGUGCAGGUGUGUUACUGCUCAUCACACUUAUCAACGGGGUUCUUCCAUUCUUUCUCUAUUCUUGCACCAUUUAAUUUGCUUCCAUGGUCUUCAAAAAUCUUCAUGCUGGAAGUUGGCCAUUUAGGAACAUGCUAUUUGAGCCUGGGUAAAAGAUGAUGGAGGAUGUGGGAGGAGAAGAGGAACUUGCUUGCAAGUUACUUAGAAUGUUUCAGUUGCCGUUUCAGGGGGAGGUUGGUUGCCCUUACUGCCACAUCAUCAAAAGAAAGUUGUUCUGCAGUUAGUUGUUAUUUAGCUUUCUGAACUUCUCUUUGAAGGACUGUGUCACUAGUUCAGACAUCUGAAAGGUUUGGUUUAAUGCAAAGGCUUCUCUUUCCAAAGAGAUCACUGUCCCACACUGUGACUUACGUGUCUUCAAGGAAAUCCUUCUACCCCUAUGCAAACUUGUUUUCAGCUUGGGUUGAACUGUGGUUUUUUUAAGUCUGCCUCAAUUUGAGCUGUCAGCAAACGGGGAGAACAGUUGGACUGUUGCUUAUCCAUCUGUACUAAUAGUCAGUUUGUCCUCCUCACUGUCACAGGACAUAGGGCAUGCUUUGCAUGUAAAUAUUCACUCUGUCUUGGAGCUGGAGGAACUGAUGAUCUCUGACAACCACAGCAUUUCCUGUGCAAUUUUGGAGUCCUUACAGAAAAGGACAAGCUAAGUAUAUUACCUAGCCCGUGGAUGAAUGGUGUAGUUGAAAGAAGUCUUCUGGAAAUAAUCCAUUUUUGUGGGAAUUUGAGGCUUUCAUUGAGAAUUAUCCUUCCUUUAAAUUUGGGUUACUGGAACCAAACCAUUUAAUGGAAACUAGCAGAAAGUCAGUGCUGGGUAAACAGGACUGCAUCAGGUAGGGAAAGUGUUGGCAAUUUGAAAUAUACUUGAAACAUCCUCUUGCAGAACCUGUGGUCUCCUACAGUGUGCCUGGUCAACAAGCGAGUAACGGAGGGAGAAGUUGCUUCAAACUGAUCAACAUAACUGUGCUGAUUUUGUUUCUCAGUUUGUAUCUUUUCUGUUGAGAUGCAGAGGGGAAGAGAGUUUUAUAGGAGCUCUGUCCAAGCUUUUUGCUUAACAAAAUGGUGUAAAAAGUAAUGAUUCCUAGCCAUGCCUAAGGGAUCAAGUCUUUUUAACAGCACUGUGAUAAUAAUUUGGGGGGGUUGAGUAGGUCUCUAUUAAAAGUGGUAUAGUGAAGGAGAAUAAUAUUAUCACUGUGUGUUUGAACAUACAAGCAUUUGAAUUAACUUCCAAAUUACUUAUUAUAUUGCCAAAAUCAUGGAAAGAGAUUGUCCUGGGGUGACUUUAUGAUACUGAUAUCCCAAAUCGUCUGGUUUAUGUUAUAUAUUAAGUUCUGCACC